AUGAGGGUAUUGAGCUCAGGACAUGGGCAGAAAUUAGUGGCGUUAAGGAGAAUCUCCUCACAGUGCUUAGGAGCAUCAAUGAGACCCUCCUCAACGCCUCCAAUGAGAACAAGAAGGCCAUCGCCACCAAGUGGCCUGCAGGAUCACAGGAUUGCUGCUUCUUGUGUACCUGGAUAUAGCAGGCCACUGAGGGCGCCACCAGAAUGGCCAAACCACCUGCAGUGUAGGUUUGGGAGCUGUUGA